AUGGCCGUUAUGUCUACCCCAAAGUUGCCUGGCCAAGGGCUCGGUGACCCAGUGCUGUUGGACAAGAUAGACCGGCUCCUAGCUUGCAACCUAGGUGAAUAUGUCAACUUGCCUCUGCUUGUUGUUGUGGGAGACCAGUCUAGUGGAAAAAGCUCAGUUCUAGAGGGACUUACCAAAUUGCCGUUCCCUAGAGAUAGUGGACUGUGCACUCAGUUUGCUACACAUAUCAUCUUCCGGCGGAUCAAGGCAGACACAAAGAGGACCAUCAAUGCCUCUAUCGUUUCAGCACUCGAUAAAGACCCCGAGCACGCUUCCCGUUUAGCAGCAUGGAAAGGAGCCAAUAUGGAAUCACUUGACUCUGAAUCCUUCGCUGAAACAAUGCGCGAAGUUCACCAAACCAUGGGUUUAUCGGGCUCUGAAAACGACACUUUCAAGCCCACCUUUACUCGAGACGUCUUCCGGUUAGAGAUUUGUGGACCCGAAGAAGAUAACUUGAGUAUCAUCGAUGUCCCGGGUAUCUUCAAGAAUACUACGGCUGGUCUUACCACCAAGCAGGAUAUGGAGAUGGUUAGAGAUAUGGUCUUGGGUUACAUGCGCAAUCCUCGUUCAAUCAUGCUGACCGUUGUCCCUGCAAAUGUGGACAUAGCCACGCAAGAGAUCCUUGAAAUGGCGCGCGAGUGCGAUACUCAGGGAAAUCGCACAUUGGGAGUGUUUACCAAACCUGACUUAGUAGACAAGGGUGCCGAGGACAAGAUCAUGGAGUUGAUUGAGGGCAAAUCCCAUUCCUUGGAGCUUGGCUGGAUUGUUGUGCGCAAUGCUGGCCAGCAGCAACUACUUGACCAGAGUUCUGACCGAGACUUGGUCGAGGCGAAGUUUUUCCGGGAAAACCACCCAUGGAGCAACCUUCCAGAGGACAAAUUUGGGAUUCUUGCCCUCAAGACUCGCCUGCAAGAUGUGCAAACGACCCAAAUUCGGCGCGAGUUUCCGAAGAUGCGUACCGAUGUUGGUCGAAAGCUGAAGGCCAUGAGGCAUGAUUUGUCUGCUCUUGGAAAUGAACGAAGCACCCCAGAGCAGCAGAGAAGCUUCCUGCUUGAUGUCAUAACGAGGUUUCAAGACAUUGUUUCGCAAGCCAUGGCAACUUCAUAUGGCACAAAUGAAUUGUUCGACAAAGAAAAACAUUCCCGGCUGGCAACGAUAAUCAGAAACCGCAUGGAUGUUUUCAAGUCCGACAUGGAAAAAUAUGGGUUUGAAUACCAGUUUCUCAGUGAAAUUAUUGAUGAAUUACCAGCAAUACAACUGAUGGAAGGCGGGGCGGAUCAGGAAGACGGUAGUGGAAUACCCGUACGCAAGCACCUGGAUGUGUCAGAGAAUAGUGGUGCCAUUGAUGGCAUUCUCCACGAACAAGAGGUUGUGACAGAGCCGACUGAUGACAGUAUUCUCGUAUGGAUCGAGGAGCAGUAUCGUGCUUCCCGCGGAUUCGAGGUGGGAACGUUUCAAACCUCUCUAUUGUGUACCAUCAUGAACAGGCAAUCUGGCAAAUGGACCGACUUUGCACUCGGAUAUGUCAGCGACGUGAUUGAUAUCAUGCAUACUUUUAUGCUUAAAGUCCUUGAAGUUAUCUGCCCUGAUGAGCAAAUUCGCGACAAGUUGGUGAGUGUCCUCACCGAUGAGCUGUCCAAGAGAUACAGAGAAGCAAUGGAGCAGGCCCAGCUGGUCCUUGAUGUCGAGCGCAUGAACAUAAUGACAUUGAAUGAGAAAUUUCAUGACACCCUUGAGGAAACUCAAAAGAGAAGCCACCAGGAGAAGUAUGAGCCUACAGAAGACGAGCCCAGAGUUCUACUGAGUAACGGCGAACGGACCGUUCGGUAUAUCCACGACAUUCUAGCAGCCUAUUACGAGGUGGCAUCCAAGCGUUUCGUGGAUAACAUCUGCAUGCAAGCUACCGGCUACUGUCUGCUCACCGGACCCCGCAAGCCGCUUGGACUUUUCUCACCCCAAUUUGUUGCGAACCUGUCGGAAGAUCAGUUGACGGAGAUUGCGGGGGAGAAUGCGGCGCUGAGUCGGCGACGUGCGCAGCUGAAGAAAGGGAUCCAGGACCUGGAAACUGGUCGAAAGAUUAUGAUGUAG